UGAAUAUUGCAAACUAGCUAAUUAAAGAGAGGUAGAAGAGAUGGAGAAAAUAAGAAUAGUAUUUAUGGCUAUGGUUAUGGCUUUUACCAUAUUUUCUAGUGGAGAAUGCCAAUUAGUAGAGAAUUUCUAUGUUUCAAGUUGCCCUAAUGUUGAACUUGUGGUGGCUCAAGCAGUGACAAAUAAGUUUACACAAACUAUCACCACUGGACAAGCUACUCUUCGUCUAUUUUUGCAUGAUUGCUUUGUUGAGGGAUGUGAUGCUUCAGUUAUGAUUGCUUCACCAAAUGGAGAUGCAGAAAAAGAUGCAAAGGAGAAUCUUUCUCUACCAGGAGAUGGAUUUGACACUGUGAUUAAAGCAAAGCAAGCAGUAGAAUCUGUAUGCCCAGGAGUUGUUUCAUGUGCAGACAUUUUGGCAAUUGCCACUAGAGACGUUAUAGCCUUGCUAGGAGGUCCAUCAUUCAGCGUUGAACUUGGACGAAGAGACGGACUCAAUUCCAAAGCAUCAAAUGUUGAAGCAAAUCUUCCAAAACCAACUUUCAAUCUGAAUCAACUAAACACUAUUUUCUCCAAACACGGCCUAAGCGAAAAAGACAUGAUUGCACUCUCAGGAGCACACACCGUAGGAUUCUCACAUUGUGACCAAUUCACAAACCGUUUAUACUCAUCUCAAGUGGACCCCACUUUGGACCCAACCUAUGCUCAACAACUAAUGUCAGGUUGCCCUAGAAAUGUUGACCCAAACAUUGUGCUUGCCCUUGAUACUCAAACUGAACAUACUUUUGAUAAUUUGUAUUACAAAAAUUUGGUUAAUGGAAAAGGGUUAUUAAGUUCAGAUCAAGUUUUAUUCACUGAUGAUGCUUCAAGAUCUACGGUUGUUGAAUUUGCUAAUGAUGGUAGUAAAUUCUUUGAGGCAUUUGUUGUGGCUAUUAAGAAGCUUGGAAGAGUUGGGGUAAAAACUGGUAAAGAGGGAGAGAUUAGGAGAGAUUGUAGCAAAUUUAAUUAGUGUGAUGGUGGCAAAAAAAUAUAAUUAGUUUGUAUAUGAUUAUUGAGUGAUGGUGAUCUAAAUGUAUUAUAUUAUUAACAAUAAUAAUAUUACAUUCCAAGUUUGGAUAAAUUUCUUUUACU